UUUUUCAUUUCACAGCUCAGUUUUUGCGUGCUCUGAGGGGUGUUGACAACGGACGUUUAUAAAGAGCGGUUCCUGUGCUCCAUUCUUUCUAGUUUGUCUCUGUGUGUGUGUGUCUUCAUUUAUUGUUUUUCAAGUUCAUGGUGGGCUGGUGUUCUCGGAGAACAUGAGGAAGGUCAAGUAUAGGACUUUGAGAGAGCUGUAUAAUGCUACUGAGGAGAAGGUUGUGGAGCCAACAAAGGAUUUACUGCAGGGAUCAUUGCGCACCGACCAAUUUGAUACGCAUUUCACAAGCAGUACAUUCCAAAUGGGAGAAGAAUCCAGGACAGGCAAUUUCUCAAGCAAUUUGUUUGGAAAGGCCGAAGAAUGCCGUACAUGCAAUGCGUCUACCACCCCAUGCUUAUCACGAAUGCAUCUUGAACAAGUGUUAUCACCAAUAAAGGCUGAUGUGUUUUCAGAUGAAACCUGUAAUGGGAGGGCAGCUUGUGGGAGCUCUCCUAGUGAUGCUGAUCUGUUAUCUCCUUCAUCGAACAGUGGAUGCAACGGAAAAAAGCUCACAAGCAGUGAGAUCAGUAAUGUUUUUGGCUCAUAUUGGCCUCAUGAUUUGUUCUCUAAAGAUAUAGGACUCAAAGCUACUUCAAGAUCCACCAAUGUUUCAGAAAAAAUCGAUAUGCUUUUAAAAGCAAACACCUGCCCUACUUACAAGGGAAAACAUGGUUUUCAAAGAGAGAAAAUAAUUAAUCCUCGAAUCUACACAAAUAAGCUUCAGAAACAGAAAGAAAUUUCUUCGUUAAGAGAUUUCUAUGCCGCUGCGAGCUUGAUUAAGGGAGAGCUUUCUGACCACCCUGAGGAACAUGUGAAAUCAUCAUUAAAAGAAGUUGCAACCUUCAGGAUUAGCGGUCAGAUGCAAGAUGUGGAUAACCAUGCUGAAUCUAUGAUAGAUGGUUCUGCAAUGAAUGAUAGAAAUCCAGCGGUUAAAGUUGUGUUAUGUUCAGAUCUAAAGGAUCAUGUUGAGAAGUCUAGUGCAGUGGCUGAGGAGCCCAAUAUUCAGGAACCUCCUUUGCAAUCCCAGCUUGUUGACUAUAAUGAUAAUUCACUUACAUUCCAGGAUGAAGUUAAAGUUUGUGAUAUCUGUGGGGAUACCGGACGGGAAGAGUUGCUUGCUAUUUGUAGCAAAUGCAGUGAUGGGGCAGAACACAUCUAUUGUAUGCAUGUUAUGCUGGACAAAGUUCCUGAACCCGGUUGGAAAUGUGAAGAAUGCAUGCUUGACUCGAAACUGAAAAGCCAACCUUCAAAAGACGUUGACCAAAAGCGGAAACUGGUAUGCAAUACUGCUUCUAAGGGCCAGAGAAGGGAAGGAGUUUCCACAAAAAUGUGUAAUCCUAUAUCUUCUGAAAAUGAUAUCAUCCACAGUUCAAAUGCUCCCUAUGCUAUGGUUAAAAGGCUAUCUCCUAGCUAUUCUCAUGCCGAGAAUUUGAAGAGAUCAGGCCAUACAACGGAAUGCAAGUCAACACAAGGGAAGCAUGCAUCUGAGUUGAAUCCUACAGUUAGUUCACUGGUAGCUGAUUCUGGCAUCUCAUCAUUGAGUGUAAAAGAAAUUGCAUCUCGUAGUGAAAAUUUCUCAUCCGGAUCCAACUAUCAUGACCUCGAGGCCAUCCAGGGUCAUGAACAAUCAUAUAACUCAUUGAACCCAUUCAGUCAUCUGGCUCAGCAAGGUUUAAUAUAUUCAGUUGGUCGUGAUAAUGUGAGCCAGCUUCCUAUUGUUCCACAGCUUCAUUGCAUAUGGCAAGGCGGAUUUCAAAUAUGUAGAAAUGGAAAACUUCCAAAUUCUUGUAGCGGGGUCCAAGCACACUUAUCAACUCGUGCUUCGCCUGAAGUGUUUGACGUAGUUCUCAAGCUGCCUCAAAAAGUUAUAUUGGAGGAAGUACCUCGCCUGAGCACUUGGAUAACUCAGUUCUCUGAAAAUCUUGCCACAGAAGAUAAUAUUGCGCUCUACUUUUUUGCAAAAGACCCUGUGAGCUAUGAAAGAAACUACAAGAGCCUGCUAGAAUGCAUGAUUAACAAUGACUUGGCCCUCAAAGGAAAUUUGGACGGAGUUGAACUAUUAAUUUUCUCAUCUAAUUUUCUCCCUGAAAAGUCUCGGUGCUGGAAUAAAUUAUAUUUUUUGUGGGGUGUAUUUCGAGGAAGAAGUGUAUGCCGCUCACGAGAUCUGCAGAGUUCCCAGAGGAUACAAGAAAGAGACACUAAGAAGCAGGAAACGGAUCUCAAAUCUUAUUUCCAAGAGAGGGGAGAACAUAAUGUUGAUCAAGAACGUGAAUGUAAGAGGAUCAAGAGUUGUUACAGCAUGCCUAGUGGUGAAAGACUUCCACCUGUUACAAAUGGCUAUGUUCCUACCUUUUCCAUUGAGAAUCUCAAAUGGGGUGGAGUCAAUGACAUGUCUGCAUCUUCAGCAGAGAGCCAAAUACCGCCAACUGAUGGGGAGGAUCAGUUGGAACCCGGGGUUCUAGAUCUUGAGCUUCGUUUGGGAGCCAAAAACAAGUCAAAGAAACAGGUAGCCACGCCUUCCUUUGUUGGUAUAAUGGGCAAUAAAACUGACGAAGACAAGCAUUCUGAGCUACUGACAAACAACACCACUAAAGUCUAUGAUGAAGUCUCUACAUCACUCUCUCUCUCUUUACCUUUCUCCGGCAAGGAACAAGUGUGAGAGCUUGGAGAAAAACCAAAGCAGUUGUUAGCUGAGAGGCAUGCAUGAAAACUUGGCUGUCCCCUUUUUGGUGGUUUAUUAAACUUCUAGAUUUAGAACGAGGAACUUUGAAAAAUUAUCAACCAGGGGUCGUUUGCUUCGUUGCCAGGAUCAUUAAUGACCCUAUUUUGUUUUAAUAGACGCCAAUUUUCCAUCCUUUUAGACUUUAAUAGAGUUUUAAGAGCCAUGCAUCACAUCUAUAGUUUCUUAA